CACGGCCGGAGCCGCUCCGCCCGCCAGCCCGGCCCCGGCCCGACCCCGUCGCCCAUGGGGAGCGCGGCCCGGCGGCGGCCCGGCGGCCCCGCUCGCCCGUAGCCCGGCGGGGCAUGCCAGGCCCCAGGAUGCCGGCCUGGGGGAUCCUGCCCGUCACGCUGCCCGCCUUCACCAUCACCGGCAUGUGGAUCGUAUAUGCCAUGGCACUGUCCAACAACCACAUCUGCCCUGUCCACAACUGGAGUUACAACCAGUCCUGUGACAUGGACGGCCCCAGCUCCUGCUGCACGCUGGAUCACAUCCCCCUCGUCAGCAAGUGUGGCACCCUGCCUCCCGAGAGCUGCUUCUUCAGCCUCAUCUGCAGCCUGGGCUCCUUCAUGGUCAUCCUGGUGGGCCUGCUGCGCUAUGCCCACCUCCUGGAGCGCCUGGGGCCGUCCCUCCUCAACACCCUGGGGCUGGCCACUGGCUGGGUCUGCGCUGCUGGUCUCACCAUGGUGGGCAACUUUCAGGUGGAUCACGCCAAGGUGCUACACUACAUUGGGGCAGGGGUGGCCUUUCCCACCAGCAUGCUGUUCCUGCUCCUGCAGUCCAUCCUCACCUACCGCAUGGCUAAAACCCGAGGGCAGUACUGGACCGGCCACUUGCGGAGCAUCCUCACCAUCGUGGCCUUCUUCACCCUCGUCUUCAGUGGUGUGUUCUUCAUCCAGGAGAGCUUUGUGCUACAGCACGUGGCUGCCUUGUGUGAGUGGAUAUUCAUCAUUGAUGUCCUGGUUUUCUACGGCACGUUCACCUUUGAGUUUGGGGCCAUCUCCACAGACACCUUCCUGGUCCUGCUGAAAGCCAGCCGGGCCCCCAAAAGUUACAAAGGCGAGAGCAGCCUGUCCAGUACAGCCCACGUCCACAGCCACGUGGAGGGCCUGGCUAUGGCCUGACCCGCACAGGAAGCAGCCCACAGUGAAGACCCCAAAUUGGGCUCUGCCAGUGACUCCCCACCUUGAAUAUUUCUGAAAACCCCGCUGCUGUGUGUUUGUGUGUGUGUGUAUGUGUUUGUGUGUGUGUGUUUGUGUUUAUGUGUUUUUGUGUGUGUGUGCGUGUGGGCCUGUGGUGCCCUCCACUCUCAGCAGGAGCUGUGUCCAGUGCUCCUGUGGCAGCUGCUGCCCCUGCAAGAGCUGUCCCCUCCCUGCCCACAGGGUUUGGGGUCACUGCUGGGCUGUGGGGAUGCCAUCCUGGUAUCAGCAGAGCCAGGAUCUGCCCCUGAGCCUCUGGGGUAGCCUGGUGUGAGUCAGGCUGCUGAAGGCAAUCAUACUGAAGCUUCCUCCUGAAAGGGGCAUGGUGGGCUGGAAGGGGAUGAUAUCUGUGUUCUUCCCACCUCCAUAGGGGUAAGCAAGCCUUCCAUCUGGCUACUGUGACUGUCAGAGGAGCCAAAAACACAGAGUGCCUUUUCCCUUGGGAAGUGACUGCCCUGCCAGUCUGUUUGCAACCCCAUUGAGGAUGGCAGCAGGGGCUCUCUCCCUCCUGCCUUCCCAGGUGGGGGUGGUGUCUCACUCUGUUGCAGGAUGGCACCAGCAGCCCCAGCUGGACUGUGCUGACCCCCUGUGCCCCAUGCCUGGGCUCUCACUGCUCAGGCCUUCUAUGCCAUCAGUCAAUGGCUUUUCCUGCAUUUUUUCAGCUUUGAGAAUUGCUGAGGCAGGUUUCACCUCCCUGGUCACAGCAUUUCCCUGCUUCCAGCUAAUUUGGGAAAUGAGUCUUCAAAUUUACCAUCAUACAGGGGAUGUCCUGCAGGCACCGUGCCUGCUGGCCAGGGGACUUCUGCUCUGUGCUGCUGCCAGCCCAAGCUCUCCCAGGGAGUGCAGCCAUGGAAAGGGGGAGCACUUCUGUAGGAACAGAAGAAGCGUGUGCCCUUUUCUUCUGGGACUCCCAAAUCCAUCCUCUGUUGCCUUGGCCGAUGCCUGCCUGGCCGGAGCUCAUCCCGCUCAGCCGCAGCAUCCUUGGCGUGUCCUGCGCAGGGGGCUGAGGUGUCGAGGGCUGUGAGUGUUGUGUGUGCGUGCAUGUGUGUGCAUGCAUAGAUCUACAAAUAUAUAUAUAUAUACACGUACAUACAUAUAUAUAUAUAUAUAUAUAUAUAGUCCCCUUGUCCCUGGAGAGGGGCAUUUACUGCUGCUGCUGCUGCGCGCAUUGAUCAAAUUGGGCUUUCCUAUUUGCCCACUUUUUCCAAACCGGCCUGUAAAUCCACCAGUAUAUGUAGUUCAAAGAGGAGCCUUUCUGACUUUUGUAUCUAAUAUAUUUUUUAAAAAGUAUAUAUAAGGACAACAGUGAAUUUACAAUAAUAAAAGUGAAA